AUGAAUCGUUUAAAAGGGCUGUCUUUUUUAUUACUUUUGAGCUUCCUAUCCCAGCGUUCAUUGGGCUUUCAAUUAGAAGGUGGAUUUGGUGUCUUCCCUUUCACCGAGACUGGUCCAGUCGAACCCGAACACGAAGCACUCAACCGUCGUGAUGAGACUUACAACACAGGCCAAGGCUAUGGAGGGGAUCUACUUCAAACUCUCCAGACGGAUCCCCAAGCAGUUACUCAACGUGAUCGGCUAGUCGGAAUGCUAUUCGCCAACUACAAGACGCAUGAACGUCCAACCGAAAAAUUGGACAUUCCCACCGUAGUAGAAAUAAAUAUGAAGGUGCUUGCUAUCUUCUCCGUCGACGUACGCACUAUGGACUACUACAUUGAUGCUCUUCUUCGUCAGACCUGGAUCGACCCCCGACUAGCAUGGAAUCACCGCGAAGACUUCCAAAACUACACCCAACCUCUAGUCUCGCCUACAUUGAAAGAGAAUCUGUGGCUACCUGAUUUGUUUUUCCGGAACGGAAAAGACGGAUACUUGCACAAAAUGACCCUCCCUAACUACCUCUUACGCGUUCAUCCCAAUGGAGAAGUGUUGUAUAGCCAGAAGAUCACUAUGCGAUUUUCAUGCCAAAUGGACCUCGCCACCUUCCCUAUGGACACGCAGUACUGCCACAUGAACAUUGGCAGUUAUGGCUAUACGCUGAGUGAACUUAAGUUCAUAUGGAGGGAGAAAGAACCAGUGGAACUGCAAAACAACCUCCAGCUUUCCGAAUUUAACACACCAACGAAUUUCACCACUCUAGAUUGCACAGCUCAGUCAUCCACAUCCACUGGCAACUACACCUGCCUCAUGGCUCAGUUUAGUCUUAAACGUCAACUGGGCAGCUACCUCGUCACCACAUACAUCCCCAACAUUCUAAUCAUCAUGGUUUCAUGGUUGAGCUUCUACGUUUCAGUGGAUGCCGCGCCAGCUAGAGUUCCUCUGGGACUUCUCAGUCUCCUGGGUUUGUUGACACAGGCUUCCUCAAUCACUGGCAACCUUCCGCGUGUGUCAUACAUCAAAGCCAUCGAUCUGUGGCUCAUCUUUUCCAUCAUCUUUGUCAUUGGAGUGUUGGUUGAGUACGCCAUCGCAAUUACCAUGCUGCGACAGAAGAGGAAGGAGACAUGGCGAGGCGAUGUUGAAUUGAUAGUGAAGGAAGAGUUGACCCGUUGGUUGGCUGCGUGUGAACAAAGUCAAAUGGCCAGUAUGCAGGGGAGUGGGUGCGUGAGGGGCGAUCAAGGCUUCAUCCAACAGCAAUUGGCCUAUUUCAAUGAUUUGGAUGCCUUUCUAACCAAAUCAGUGAUUGAGGAGACGCGAGCUAAGAAGGGUGGCAAAAAGAGUCGCAUUCCAGUGGCUGUGGAGUCAGAAAUUGACGCUUACAGUCGCUUCCUCUUUCCCACAUGUUACAUUAUGUACAACAUUUUCUACUGGACUUACUACCUGGCUAUUGUGAAGAAGUGA